AUGAGUUGUUUGUUAUAUGUCAGGACAGUAAAUGGAUAUGGUCAUGGGGAUGAUUACAGAGGAAGCAAUGAAUCACAGAUGACUAAAUAUUCAAGGGAGGCAUUAAUUCAGCUCUUAAAUCUGGUGCAGUUGAAACUACAUCCUAGGAUAUCAAUUUUUGAUGAAGUUUUCAAGCUAAUGUCACGGUUAGACUUGGUGGUAGACUUUUCUGAAUUCUCGCGCUUCUAUGAUUUUGUUUUCUUUAUGUGCCGUGAAAAUGGUCAGAAGAAUAUCACUGUAAAUAAGGCGAUUACUGCAUGGAGGUUAAUAUUAGCUGGGAGGUUUCGGUUGCUGAAUCAAUGGUGUGAUUUUGUUGAGAAAAAUCAGCGGCAUAACAUCUCUGAAGAUACCUGGAGGCAAGUUUUAGCUUUUAGCCGGUGUGUGCAUGAAAAUUUGGAAGGGUAUGAUCCUGAAGGAGCUUGGCCUGUUUUAAUAGAUGACUUUGUUGAACAUAUGUACAGGGUUUCAGGAUCUAAUGAAAAUUCUAACUUCAACUGUAACUGUGGUGAUUCAGAAUCCUGGUCAUGCACAUAUGAUGAUCCUCUACCUGGCUUGAAGAUUUUACCUGGUUUGAAGAGGAAGUUACCUGGAGACCUUCAAAUUGACGAAAUGGAGUCCUCAGCCACCCUCUUCCCCACACAUCCUGCAGACUUGAAGCCUGCAUUAAGCAUUAAGAGAAGUCGGCCGAUGUCUUACAUACCAGCAAACUGGGAGGACAAUACAACAGGAAGUACUGUAGAUGGCUGCAUGGAAACCAUUAGACAUAGCAGUCCAUUGAAUUCUUCCAAAUCUCCAUGUGCGGUUGAAGGUUGCCUGUUGAAGGGAUUUGCAGGGCUGCUUUCAACACGUUCCUGUCUGCAGUUUGAUCGGGACAGGGGAGUUUCAUUUACAUAG